CCCCAGCUCCUUUUAGUUCUGAAUGUUGCGCAUGGGUUCAAAAGGUUGGGGACCCCUGCUCUAUACUAUACUCAUAGCUCUUAUUACACUCAAUUCUGUAAUUAAUCACAGUACAAUGCCAGGUACAUUCAAGGUGCAGUAUGGAAAGACACCACAGUAGGUAUAGCAGCGGAAGUUGGUAGGAUCACCUUCCAGGGUUUCAAUACCUCAUGUGGCCCGGAUCCCCUACAGCAGACGUGUAACAGGGAUAGAACAUAGCCUGAAUCCAUUGUCAGUACUGUGGCCCCUUUACUACAGGCAAAGCAGAGCCUGGGGGAGAGCUACUCCCUUCUAUCCUCCUAGUUGGAGCUUGAGUUGCUCUUUUUAACUAAGCCUCACUGUCUCACUCUCUCUAUAGAGUGCUCUUACAAGGGCUAAACUGUGCACUGGUUUCACCUUGUUCACGGGGUCCCUGUACCCCCAACUUCACUACAGGGGUUAUCCCUUUAGGGCCUAACACUUCUGGGGCCUUGUUGACUCCAGGCUCAGUGGACAACUCCACUCAGAUCAACUGCUGCCGGCCAAAGAGGAAGGACCUCCCUCUGCAAAGCACUUUGUUAUAGUGCUGCAGGAAAUGGUCAUCAACCUAGGACCAAUGAAAUAGGUAUGCAAAUAAUGUAUAAUAUGUUACAUUGGUUUAACCCAGCAACAGGGAAAGGAGGCACUGGCAGGGAAGGAAACCAUAAGAGCCAAUACACUUAUGGGUCCCUACAUAAAUAUAUAUGAAAUUGAAUGGGAACAUGAGUAUUAGGUAUUCUACCCUUGUCUCCUCCCAUAGCAGUUUUAUCAGAGAGUAAUCCCUUAAUAAGUGUGAUAAAAAGCCAGGUGUUGCGCACUCUCUCCAGCAGGGGACAUCUGUAAUAUUAACCCCCCCCCUUAGAGUGUGGUUCUUUUCUGAUUUUAAUAAUAUUCUAGUUAUCUACUUUAUUGACCUGCCAAUAUAUCGUUACAGCAUAGCAAAUAAUAUACAUAUCGUAAUAUACCCACUAUCAGAAAAACAAUAGGCCUUAAGGGGGCCCUAUAUAUGGAUGAAGGUUGGUGUUUCUUGUUACAAAAUAUAAAAUGUAUAUUUGUGUUGGGGGGGCACGAGUAUGCAGAAACUUCCUGUGCCCCCAUACGACUCUUCUGCUGAGAGAUAGAACAGGUUUCAGUGCAUCUGAUACUUUGCAACAUUCUAUUUUAUUAAAAUAUUGUAGUUGCGCCAUAUGGCUCCAUUAAAGCCGGCUCCACCCAUGAACGAAACAUUUCUGGGAGAUGUAGUUGUUCAGUUACUACAUUUCUAUUGUGAGUGUUGUAUACAGACUACAAAUCCCACCAUUCAUAUAAGUAGGGAGCACAGAGCAUAUAAGGAGAAGCCUCGGUUCCCGUAAGCAGUUCUCUGGGAUUCCAACAAGGAUACAGCCAUUCCUUCCCUGCUCAUCCUACAGGAUCCACACUCACUGAUACACCAGGAAACUCAAGAUGCGAGUCCUUUGGCUUUUGCUCUUUGCUGGAUCAAUGGCACAACAGGACAUGGAUAGAAAUGUCUUCCUCUUCUCAAGAAAGUCUCUCACAAAUGAUGUGGUUCUGACCCCAAUGGCGACUGGGCCUUUACGCAAACUCACUGUUUGCCUGAGAAGCUACACAAAUGAAGGAAAAUAUGCCCUUCUCACCAUGGGCAUCGAAAAUUCACAGAUCCGCAACAUGUUUGUUAUUUCACACUCGACUCCGGGUUAUUUCGAUAUCUAUAUAAAUGAUUUGUCUUUAUUCAAUCCAGGAACGAGAGAUGUCCUGGAGUGGAAUCACAUCUGUGUGACCUGGGACUCUGACACUGGAGUUCUACAGCUUUGGGUUAAUGGGAAACUCUCCCCUCGCACAGUCCUGCAGAAAGGCUCUUCUAUUGAUCUCCAGGGUGGUAUUUCCCUGGGUCAGAUGCACAUAAAAGCUAGUUAUUGGCAUCAUGGAAGGUUAAGAUUCAAUGACAUAAAAUGGGAUCCUGAAACUUCAUUUAAAGGGGAAAUAAGUGAUGUCCAUAUGUGGAAUGAGGUUUUAUCUCCUGAGACCAUAAGGCGGGUUCUGCUAAAUGAUAGGGAAAUAAAUGGGAAUGUCAUUAGCUGGAGGUCUCUGAACUACACUAUUAAUGGAGAUGUCAUUGUCCAACCCAAAAUCCAGUGUAGAUAUGGCAGUGAGUCUGGCAGCUCACACAGUCAGUGCUAUAUUGAAUAAUGGGAUUAAUAAAACAGGUAGAACAAUGGCUUUCCAGCUAAUGAUUGUUACAAGGGGAACCAAGUCUUUAGAAAUAAGGUGAUCAAUUGUAUUAGAACAGAAGGGCUCCUUUAGUGAGACAAAGCUAAUGUUAGGGUAAUGGCACAAGGGUGGUUUUGUGUGUUUUUUCAUCCCAGACGUUUGUUGUUGGUUGUUGUUAGGAACUACCCCCCAUUUAUUUCUAUCCAAAUUGCCUGUACCGUUGAAUGCACCAACAGGUGGGGUGAUUAUUGUUUGGAAAAGUAAUAGGCAGCAUUACACAGCCAUAAUUGUCUCAUUAUACAAUAUUUUUGUAGUUACCGUAUCUUUUCUCUGAUAGGACCAUCAAAAAGUCAAAAUCUACAUUAAGAGGGUUGUUUAUCAAAAUCCAACAUUUUCUCAAUAUUUUAUGAAAACCACUCAGACCAAAUCCGCACUGACUCCCCCCCCCCCUAUUUAUCAAUAAAUUUUCUCAUCCGGGAAAAGACGCGAUAAAAUCGUGUCAAAAUCUGAAUUGUUCCACUAGGGUUGCCACCUGUCUGGAUUUCACCGGGACAGCCCGGUUUUUGGAAAGGCUGCCCGGGUGAAAAAUGCCUGUCCGGAUUUCCAAAUUAGGAAAUCUGGACAGGGCAUUGAAGUGACAUAGAGAAAAAUAUCAGUGGCACACUGAAAAUUGAAAAAGUGCAAUGUUUAUUCACCCCAAAAACAUACAUUUAUAUUUUUUUCAUUUCACUUUGCUUUGUGAUGUCACAAAAGGAGGAGUCUUUAUCCACGCCCCUUCCUCACACUUUAAAUGUGGAUAACAUGAUUGUUGCACUAGGCUUGAUAAAGGGUCCGAAACGUUGCCUUUUUUCUGUAUGUUUUUGAGCCACUGGUAUUUUUCUCUAUGUAACUUUGAGACCCCAGUGGCAGGCAUGGGUCCCCCAGUGUAACACCUGGUACCACAAAAGGUAUAUUCUCAGGGGUGUAAGCACUCUUGCUUUUUAGGACAUUAAAGUGAUUGACAUGGAUCCGCCCCAGAAUGUCAAUGCCCCAUCCCCAACAUCAUCCGGCCCGCCCCUGACAUCACUGGACCGCCCAUGACAUUGCAAGCCUGCCCCCUGCCCAGCAACCCUACAUGAAACUUUUUCUGAUUUGACGCCGAAACCUAUGACUUUUUUAGACUUGACGCCCCAAAAUCACAAAAUCUUUGGAUUAUUGAACGAAACCCAGCGCAGAUCUGGAUAUCUUCAAAAUGUCAACAAGACAUCUGCCAUUGACUUCUCGAAUAGAAUUUGCCAGGUCUGAGCUGGAGUACUUUUUUAUUUAGACUUUUAACACCAUCAGGGUUUAAAUAAAUCGCGAAAAAUUCAAUUUGUUUUUUUCUAAGAAAAGAUGGUGUUUUUUGCUUUCAAAGGUCCGACCAGAAAAAAACUGACUUUAAUAAAUAAACCCCCUUAAUUGGAUCUGGUUACCCAGCAACAAUGAAUAAACUUAUUCUUGGCAACAUUUGAUAGAAAUGUCUCAUUCUAUAGUCCUGUAAAGCUGUUUAAGGCAUUCGACAUUUGUUUAUCUACCUACAUACCUACCUGGGUAUAUCUGCCAGGUAAGAUUAGACCAAUCCAAGCUGACAGUUUUUUCUGCUUAUUAUAUAUUAAAUAACACUUGUAUGCAAAAUGCUUAUCACCCAACUCUUGUAUAAAAGUGUGUGUUGUUACAAUGUGUGUUUCAUUAUUAAUUAUACUUUGCACCAUGUAACACUGUAUUGUAUCUACACAAUGACAUGAUAUAUGACCAUAUUAAAGCAAUGGCACCAUUCCAAGUCAAUUUCCAAUAAAACAGCAUUAAAUGAAA